AUGAUAUAUGCUAUUGUGAAUUUAAUUAAUAAGAAAAGAGAACACCCAAUAAUCAAAACAGUGAAGAACUACAAAUAUGUAGAUAAAAGCAAAUUCAAAUCAGCAUUACGAAACGUCCCAUGGUGGGUAUGUGAUAUAUUCGACGAUUUAGAUGAUGUGCAAAAUGCCUGGGAACUGUUAUAUAAAGACGUGGUAGAUGAGUAUAUCACAGAGCGAAAGGUCAAAGUGAGGCAAAAUUCAUUGCCGUGGGUUAAUACGGAAAUCAGGAAGCUUUUGAAUAAGAGAUUUAAACUUUUGAAGAACUGGCAGCAAACAAAAAAUCCAAUAGCACAUAAGAAAUAUAAGGAAGCGAGAAAUUUAGCAAAUAUUCGGAUGAGAAAAGCGGAAGCCGAGUAUUGGAAAAGUGAAUUUGAUAAUGCAACUAAUUCUGGAAG